AUGUCUGAAAACGGUAAUCCUGAUGAUCGUCGUCCCCAAGUUCCUCCUCGUACUCCUAAUCAACCACGGGUUGCACGGCCUAAUGAUUUGUGUCAAGGGGAUUCCAAAAAUGUUAACCCCCCUCCUCCUCCCUUGGAUGGUCAUAGUUGCAGUCCUCCUCAGGGUGACAAGAAUUGCGGUACCGGGCCCUCGUUUGCCGACGCACCUGUCCAGAAUCCUGUCGGAGGUGGUCUAGAACCUCAGAGCGUUGUUGUAUAUUGCACUCCGUUGGCGCGCACCACGGGGAAGGGUGUUUCAGAUUCAUUGCCCCCUCCUUACAUUGAGGAUGGCGAGAUUGUGGUUCCCAAAGAGGGUGGUCGUCAGAACGCAUAUCACAAUGUUGAAAUUGUCCCAAUCAUGACCGAAAGUCCGACAGCACAGGGGUUUCUGAAGUACCUCAAAUUGUGGGCCGAUUUGAAAGCCGUGUCAACCAAGGAGAAGGUCAAACCGAUAAUAGACCUUCUGAAAACGAAAGGUGCAAAUUAUUGGCCGUUUGUCUACACCGUGCUCAAAUUGUUCCGAAAUGUUGAAAGAGAGAAAGGGAAGGUGGUCUUUGAAGAGGAGGAAAUUGCUUUUGGUGUCUCAUCGACAGGGGUACCUGUAAUCUAUGUACGGAUUCCCGGGUUGGACCUAGGUCCCAGUUGA